ACGCGAUGCGGAGGAUCUCAACGAAAGGAGACGCGGAGGAAUCCGUGGCGCAAUGACAAUGAGAAAAAAGUGGGGAAAUCGUCCACGAAUUCGUUUGUUCGGCAAAAUCGUACGUACGUGCAUAAACGCAUGUGUUUGUACGGAAAAUACUCGUAAGAAGCCGCACUAUAUUUAUAGCUAGAGAUAAAUAUACAUCCUGGCGAUGGUCCAAAUUACCACACGUACGGGUCCGAGCCGAGUAACAGCCUAUCCCCUGUAAUAGCAGCAGCGUGUCAGUGCUAUUAGUGACGUCUAUCGACGUUGCGAUUGUCGCGGACGACGAGAAAGAAAAAAGAGCAAGCAAAAAACCGCGACGCGCGCGUAAAAAACUGCGAAACAUGUAAACGAGUCUGAUAGCAAGUUGAAUCAAGAGAAUCGCUUCCGGCAAGUGCAUUUCCCGCGCGCCGCCGCGUCAUUGGAUGAUUUACUCUUGUUACUUCGUUCUACGCUUUAUUAUUUAUUUUAUAAUAUGACGGAUUCUUUUUCGUUGUUCGUUUUCCUCUGGACGGACGGUGCGCCAAAGAGGAACGCGUGCAGCAAGUAUUCUUAACGACGCUCGAGACGAGACAAAUUUAAUCCCGUCCCGCUAACUUCGGUUCGGGUGAACGUCGAUCAAGUAGAUCUCGUCCUGAUCUUUGCUAAUUAGAGGCGCGCCGGUGUACCACGUGCGACGCUCUUGCGAGAUAUGCUCUGCCGGAAAUCGUCCAGAUUCUCGAUUUCCAGCCUUGCACACUCUCCAACGCGUUUAUGGUGAAUGCACCACAUGUACUCGUCGAAGAAAGGAGACCCCCUCUGCCCCCUCGGUUUCCAUCCCCAGGUGCGGUGGCCGACCCGUUGCAAAAGAUGCUUCAGGGAUUACAAAGAGCACGGGGGCAAGAAAGAUAGUUUGAGGGAAAUCACAUCAUCGACCCCUAGUCUUUCCUUCAACCAAUCGUCAGGCCGAUCUGCGGAGAAUGGCAAACGCGGUUGGUCGUCGGCGACGAACCUGGCUAAAGAUGAUUUCAAAGGCAGCUCGGAAUCAUCGAACCAGUACGCGUCCGCCGGAUGGACCUCCCUCAUGGAUCUCACUGCCAUCGACAAAGAAGAGGAAAGAAUAGAAGCAGUUCGAAGGCCACCGAAGUUACAGAUAAAGGAAGUGAUUGAUAACAGCAACGAGAGCGCGUCGGAGAACGACGUCGAGUUCAUAAUACAGGUGAAGAAGUCGAAGAUCGGUUCUUCGAAAAGCAGCGAAAAAAAUGGCGACCGUCGAACGUCGAACGAGGAGAGAACGGAAAAAAGCGAGAUGGAUCACUUGAGGGCACAGAUUAGAGAAUUGCAAGCGCGAUGCGAAAGAGCGGAAAAGGAGAAGAGCGAAAUCUUGAUGAGGCGAUUGUCCACUAUGGAGACUAUUUCAAGUAAAGCUACGCCAAAUGAUGCGCAGAAAUUGCAGAAGAAGAAUGAAGCGCUCACGCAAGAAAAAAACAGUUUAUUGAAUAAGAUAAGGGAGCUCGAGAAGGAAGUAAACUUAAAAUCCUUCAGAGGGGAAAGAGAUAGAGAGAAAGACGAUUUGCGAUCGAAACUGAAAGCGGCUGAAAACUUAUGCGAAAGUUUGAUGGACGAAAACGAAGAUAUGAAAAAAGAAAUUCGGCAACUAGAAGAAGAGAUAUACGAAUUGCAAGACACGUUCAGGGAUGAACAAGCAGACGAACAUGUUCGCUUGCGAAAGAGUUUGGAACAGUCGAAUAAAAAUUGUCGGAUUUUGUCGUUCAAGUUGAGGAAAGUCGAGCGAAAAGUAGAAGAGUUGGAGACUGAGAAGACAACCGUGGAAAAGAAAUACGAAGAGAUGAAAAAAGUGGAGGAAACGUUGCAGAAGAUCAAAGGCGAGUUCCAAAAUAGAACACCGAAGAAAACAACUGAUUUCACACCCAAGGUGCAACUGAAAAAGAUGGUAGACGAAAUGGAGAAAGAGAUAGGAGAGAUGAUGACUGUUUUUACACAUAUUUCCGACGGUAAGGAUGUAAAUGUUCAGGAUAUAAGAUCCAGAGAGGAUGAAACGAAGUACGAGAAGCUUUCAAAGGAACACGAAUCGCUUAAAGAGAAACUGGAAUCCGUCACAAAAGAACUAUCAAUGGAAAAAGAGAAAAAGAAAGCGCAGCCGAGUGGCAAAACAGAUGACAAGAACACAGAUUUGCAAAACAUGAAGAAAAAGCUUGACGAAGCGGUCACUUUGAGGGAAACUGAGAGGAAAUCGUGGGACCAGGAGAAGACGGCGUUGCUUGAAGAGAAGGAGAAAUUGAAAUCGAAGCUUCUCUCUUUGUCUGCGGAAAAACUCAAAGUAUACAACGAAGUUGUUCAACUGAAAAAAGAUUUAGAAACAGCAAAAUCGUCAGAGAAGGAAAAUACGAAAAUGGAGAAAACUGUAAAUGAAUUGAAAAAGGAAUUGUCUCAGGAAAAAGAGAAAUCCAAGAAGCUACAAGACGAUUUGUCAGCGUACACAGAACGGGAAUCGAAAAUGGCCCAAUCGAUGACAUCAGUAGAACAGACGAAAACCAAACUCGAUGCUGAAGUGAAACGUUUGAAGAAGGACUUGGAGAAUACAAAAUCAUCGAAUACCACAAAGAUAAAUGAUCUGACUGCGGAAAUUGUGGAACUGAAGAAAGAAAAGGAAAAAUUGUUGACUCAAAUCAAUGAAGAGAAAGAGUCAAAAGAGAACGAAGUGUCUGCAUUGAAAAAGAAGAUCGGCUCGUUAGAGAAAACUGGAUUGAACUCGAAACGAAUGAACGAGAUGAGGCAAACGUACAAUGAGAAAAUAUUGAUGUCUUAUAUUUCAGAUUUGGAAAGCGAGUUGAAGAAGGGCCAGGAGGUAUACGAUAAUCUUAAUCAGAAGUACAACGAAGUGCUGAAUUCGAAGAAGCAAUUCGAAUCUGAUAAUGAAGCACUGAACAAUAAAUUACGAGAACAGAAUACUGAAUUGAUAAGUAUUCGCAAGGAACUGGAAUCGUUGAGACAAUUGACGAAAUUAAAAGAAAGUGAAUGGAAGUCAGAAAAGUUAUCUCUGGAGCAUCGCGUACGAGAUAGCGAAUUACCAAAUAAAGCUUUAAUCGCCGACAUGAAUAACGAUAUAAGUAAUUUGAAGAAAGAAAACAAUACACUAGUGACGCGAUUGGAAGACUUAAGAAAAGCUAACGACGAUCUCUCUGACAAACUGAAAGACUACGAGGCUGUGUCGAAGAUCCAUCAAGCUCUGACGCCAGACACGACAGCCUUAGAAGCAGAGAUGCGAAAAUUGAAAACAGCGUUGGAGAACAUGGAGAAAUCGAAGAAGACCGAACUGGCUCAAUGCAAGAUGCGUUACGAGCACAGGAUCAAUGCCAUCAACGACGAGAUCCAAGCUAUUCAGAAUCAAUUGUCCAGAUACAAACGGGAACGUGAUACGUAUAAACAUAUGUUGGAGGGUGCCCAAAAAACUAUUGCAGAAUUGAAAUCUGCUAGGGGAAAGCAAUCGAGCGCAUCGUCUGGAAAAUCUGACGAGGAGGAAGAAGUGUCUGGCGUCAGUGUAGUGGUUUUGGAAAGGCAAAUCAAUAGCUUAGAAGAUGAACUAUCGGAGACAAGAUUAGAGACGUCCAGAUUGAAAGCCGAAUUGGUAUCAGAAAAGUCAGCGAGUCACGUUAAGAUAUCUGAAUUGCAAUCGCGAAUCAACGAGCUUGAAGAGGAGAAAGUGCUUACUAGCGGUAGAACUAAGAUUCCAGGAUUAAAAGUCCGCAUGGAGUUGGCGUGGCAAAAGGAAAGGGAGGAACACCAGAGGCUAUUACAAGAAACAGCCACCCUGGCUAGAGACUUGAGGCAAACUCUAUUUGAAAUUGAAAGAGAACGUUCCAAGGAACGUUUAGAAAAUAAGAGGCGGCAAGACCAGUUGAAGAAAGUGAACGACGAAGAAAAGGAGGAGAGUAAGAAGAAAUUGUUGGAGUUGCAAUGCGAUUUGCUUGAACUGAGAGACGCUCACGCGAAACUGAGAACCAGUAACGAGAAGAUGAGACGUGAGAAGGAGAGGCACGAGAAGGAAAGAGAAGAGCUCAAGGAUGUGAUACUGAAGAAGUGCAAACAAGAACAGGUCGAACUUAGGAAUGUUAACGUGUUGAUGCAGCAAGUGAACGACUUGACCAAACUCUUCCCCGAAUUGAACGGGAUUGCAGAAAACGGAAGCGCGAAUGCUUACACACCGACACCACCCAGACGAUUGAAGGGACCAAAAUCGAGAGAAUCGUCGCCAAUGCUGGACAAAGGUGAUCUUCGAGGCUCGAAUUCUCAACUUGCUGAAAGAACAGAGAAACUGGAGUACACGAUUAAAAAGUUGAUGGAUGUGGCGAAAGAGCUGAAGGAAUCGAAGAAGACAGCCGACGAAAUGAACGCGAUGCGAUUGAAAAAACUUGGCAAAAGGUCGACAUCCGUGGAAAGUGAUCCAGGAAAAGGAAUAACGAUGUCUCGUACGAAACCACGUUUGAAAAGGAAGAGUUUAUCUUUGGAGCAAACGUCGGGACGAAAUGAAGAAUCACAUAUUUGGGGCACAGACAGUAACAUGUCCAGUAUGCAAUCAUUAGAAAGUUCAGACGCCGAAGGACGAACCAUGAGUUUACAGAGAGAUUCCAGUGUCGAUAGUCGCCUUUCGACUGGUUCUACGAAGAGCGAAGUGUUGGAGCGAGAAAAGAAACAUAGCAAAGGUAUCAUGAAAAAGAUUACGUCGAAAUUGACCAAGUCGGCUAGCGUAGAUGACCCAAAUGUUUCCACGGAUUUUUCCCUUCAGACAUCGGGCUCUGAAACGAGUAUCAACGACAGGACUGAAAAGAAAAAUUUGAAAAAGAAGUUGACGGACAUGUUCAAAAGAAGUUCAAGAAGCAGCAGCGUAGAAAAAAAAGUUAGCACCGCGAACCAUAGUAGGCCACCAUCGAGAAACUCCACGACGUCGAACAAAUGAACUCUAAACUAUAGCGUUACAUUCUGUACAACGACAAGAAACGAUACCGCGAUCGAAGAGAAUUUUCUCAAUCACAGGAUUGAGAGCAUAUACAAAAAAAAAUAUAUAUCCUUGUACAUAUCGAACGCAUCAUCGCGAUGAUCUUAAUUACGAUUCGGUUUAAUGAACGUAUAAUAAAUAAUCGAUACAUACGAUACCUCCA